CGGCCCCCCGCCGGCUCCGCCGUCCGACCCGCACCAUGAUCACCCUGAUCACCGAGCAGCUCCGGAAUCAGAGCCUGGAGGAGCUGACCUGCCCACCCUUCAGCAUCAGCCUGGCGUUACCCGACCAUGCAGAAGUCUCCAGCUGUGCCCGCCCGUUCCAGCUCGUGUCCGAGGGCGCUUCGUGGCCGGGCCCGGGGAGUCCGCGCUUCCCCGCGCCCGGCCGGGAGCCCCGGCCUCCGGACCCGCCGCCCGCCCCGGAGCCCCCCGGCCCCCCGCCGGCCCCGGCGCCCCCGUCCAAGAGGCACUGCCGCUCGCUGUCCGUGCCCGUGGACCUGUCCCGCUGGCGGCCCCAGUGGCGGCCGGCCCCCUCCAAACUGUGGACCCCCGUCAAGCGGCGGGGCGGGGCCGGGGCCGGGGCGGGCCCCCCGCCGCAGCACCAGAGCCCCCCGAAGCGGGGGUCCAGCCUCGGCCUGCUCCCGGCCGCCCGGGCCCGCAGCCCGCCCUUCUUCAGCCUGGCCCUGGGCCGGGGAUGCCCGCCCGGUCCGCAGCGUCGUCUGUCCCUGUCGCCGGGCCCGGCCGGGGACCGCCGCCGCCGCCCGCCCUCGGCCCGCAGCUCGCCGUCGCGCUCCCCGGGGCCGGCCCGGCGGGCCUGCGCCCUCCCCCGCAGCCGCUCGCAGCCCUGCGGCCUGGACGCCCGCCGAAGCGCGGUCAAGCGGCCGCACGACGAUGACCCCCGGCGCCAGCGGCCCUCGCUGGACUUCGACAAGAUGAACCAGAAGCCAUACUCGGAGAACCGCCGUCUCCCAGGCCAGGAGGACGGCCAGAGCUCCCCGCCCCCGCCGUGGUUCAUGGCCUACAGCCCCACCGGUGGCUACGAACGGGGGCUGAGCGAGAGCGAGGACGAGGAGGACGAGGAGGAGGAGGAGGAGGGGGCUGGGAGGUGGGACCGGAUCCUGCUCCCCCAGCGAACAUUGUCCCAGCAGGAUUUUGGGGACCUGGACUUGAAUCUGAUCGAGGAGAACUAGCGUUGGGCCGCUGAAGCCUGGGGGGCAGCGAACUUCAUGGCCACGAAUAAGGUGAUGGGCGGGGUGCGGGGUUGCCUGAGUGAGUGAAGGGGCGUUGGUUCUGGGCAACCAGAAUCCGCCCAGAGCGCCCCGGGGCGGGGCGGGGCCCUCCCAAUGCACCCAAGGGUGGGCAGGGCCUUCCCAGAGCGCUCCUAGAGCACGCGGGGCCUUCCCGGAGUGCCCCGGGGAGGGCAGGGCCUUCUCAGAGUGCCCCACGGCCGGUGGAUACCAGCGUCAGAUGGGCUGGAGCCGUUGCCAGAGACGGGAGGAGGUUGGCAGCGCCCGGGGCCGGCGGCCGGGGGCGAAAACGUGAAACUGAAAGCGGGGCGAGGCCGGCGGGCACCCGCACUGGCGGUCUCUGCCGCCGUCGCGUGAGCCGGCACGGCCCACCCCGGUGCCAGAGCCUCUCCCGCCUUUCUCGGUUGGGUCGCCGGAGGGUUCGGAUCGGGGACCCCCGCGCCCCCGCCCUCCCAUCCCCUUCUGCCCUUCUCCUCCUCCCCACUGGUGGGGGCCGGGCCCUGAGAUGGGCGAGGGGAGAAUGAGCCCGCCCUUCAGCUAAGGCAGUGGCGCCCACCUAGAGCCAAGGGGGCCGAAGAAUAGACUGGGAACGGUCAGGGCUCCUGACCCGAGCCGAUCCCUCCUGCUCCCGGGUGGCCAGAGGUGGGAUGUGCCAACCGGAGCCCGGGCCUGGGGGCUCCCUCGGGGACCACUCGCCUCGGUGGACUCGGGGUCCGAGGGUGGGAAGGGGCAGUUAAUCAUCCGUCGUCCUCCCCCAUGCCGACGGCAGAUGUUGUCUCCCCCCCCGCAAUCGGUCAACGAUGCUUGAGUGCUUACCAUGUGCAGAGCACUGUACUGAGCGCCGAGGAAGGUACGGCGUCGGCCGGCAGUCCGGCCCCCACCCCGUUCCCCUGUGUCCCGUCCCUUCCUCUCUCCCCUCCUUCCCACCCCUCGGGCAGGACCCUGGCAGAGCCGGGAAGAGUCCCCCGCCAAGCCCCCUUCGCGGGAGACCCCGUGGGCCGCAGUUGGGGACGGGGUGGUCGCCCCCUGUCCCUGACCACCUCCCCCUCCCGAGAGGCCACCCGGGAGGCGGUGGUGUGGAACGGCGGCCGGGGCCUGUGGUUUUUUUUGUUGCUUUUUUGGUUUUUUUGCCCUCCGUGGGGCCGGGACCCCCGAGGACGGGGUGAGGGAAGUGGCCCCAGCAGCCGGGGGCGGGGCCGCCGAGCCACACGCCCACGUCCACGGGACCCCCGCCAAGACCGGGGGACCAGACCGACUGCUCUGGGCCUUCCCCGCGGAGCAGGCGCGACGGCUCCCAGCGGGGCCGGGGGCGGAGGAUGAAGCGGGUGGGCUUCCCCUGGCCGGACCCCUCCCCGGGCCCACGCAGCCGGACGGUGCCCGGGGCCAGGCCUGUGCCAACGGAGAGGCCCUCUAGAAGGCCGGGGGCGGGCAGCGUCCAAACCUCCAUCCCACCCAGCCGCCCCAGCCUCGGCGAUGCCCCCGCGGGCUCGAAUUCAACCCAGGCCCCGGCGGCUGCGGAGAUCUCUCUCCACCUCGUGAGAAUCGGAAGUUAGGGAAGGCAGGGAGAGGAUUUGGUUCUUGUUUUGUCGUAAUAAUCUUUGGGGACCACCCCCCUUCCUCCUCCCCCGCCGUUUUGGCCCUCUAUCUUCAGGGCCCUUGACAUUGUGGGAAGUCACUGACGUAAAAAGCGUUCAGCUGGCGUCCGUGAGUGACCGUUUCCGCGCCCCCGGGUGUGUCUGUGUGUGUGUGCG